AUGAAAACAAAGGAGCUACAGGAGCCACAGGAGCUAAAGGAGCCACAGGAGCUACAGGAGCCACAGGAGCUAGAGGAGCCACAGGAGUUGAAGGAGCCACUGGAGCUACAGGAGCCACAGCAUUUACAGGAGAUACAGGAGCCACAGGAACCUCAGGAGUUGAAGGAGCCACAGGAACCACAGGAGUUGAAGGGGCCGCAGGAGCCAGAGGAGCUACAGGAGUUAGGCAGCUACAGGAGCCACAGGGACCUCAGGAGAGCUACAGGAGCCAUAGGAGCUACAGGAGCCACAGGAGUUGAAGGAGCCACAGGCGCUCCCGGAGCCAAAGGAGAUACAGGAGCCACAAGAGUUGAAGGAGCCACAGGAGCUAGAGGAGCCACUGGAGCCAGAGGAGCUAAAGGAGCCACAGGAGCUUCAGGAGCCACAGUAGCUACAGGAGCUAGAGGAGCCACAGGAACCACAGGAGUUGAAGGAGCUACAGGAGCCACAGGAACCACAGGAGUUGAAGGAGGUACAGGAGCCAUAGGAACCACUGGAGUUGAAGGAGCCACAGAAGACAAAGGAGCUACAGGAGCCACGGCAGCUACAGGAGCUACAGGAGCUAAAGGAGCCACAGGGGCCUCAGGAGCUACAGGAGCCACAGGGAACACAGGAGCCAAAGGAGGGCCUCAGGAGCUACAGGAGCUAAGGGAGCUACAGGAGCCACAGGAACCACAGGAGCCACAGGAACCACUGGGGUUGAAGGAGCCACAGGAGCUACAGAAAACAAAGGAGCUACAGGAGCCACGACAGCUACAGGAGCCACAGGAGUUGGAGAAGCCAGAGGAGCUAAAGGAGCCACAGGGGCCUCAGGAGCUACAGGAGCUAAGGGAGCUACAGGAGCCACAGGAACGACAGGAGCCAAAGGAGUUUCAGGAGCCACAGGAGCUAGAGAAGCCAGAGGAGCCACAGGAGUUGAAUGAGCCAAAGGAGCUACAAGAGCCACAGGGGCCUCAGGAGCUACAGGAGCCAAAGGGGCUGAAGGAGCUACAGGAUCCAGAGGAGCAAAAGGAACCACAGAAGCUACAGGAGAUACAGGAGCCAGAGGGACCAAAGGAGUUGAAGGAGCUACAGGAUCUACAGGAGCCAUAG